AUGGCGAUCCACUACAUCUGCAACAGCUGCCACAAGCGCAUCUUCCCCGUCAGCGCGCGCUUCCACUGCCUCGUCUGCACCGACCACGACACCUGCCAGGCCUGCCACCUCUCCGCCCGCUUCACCGCGCCGCACGAAGGCGCCCACCCCUUCCACGUGAUCUACGACCCGACAACCUCCCCGCCGCCCACCGCCGCACUCACAACGCUCGCCAUCGCGCCCCCGCAGCCGCCCCCCCUCCCCCCGCGCCAGCUCUCGUCAACCUCCUCGUCCCACCACACCCCGCACUCGCCGGCGACCUCCUCCCCGCACUCCCCGCACCCCUGGGGACCCCUCACAACGCCCCAGCACACCCCCACCACGCACCUGCUCCGCCUCGCCGACGCAGCAUUCACGCACUUCUCCACCCCCGCCCCCACACGCACACUGACCCCCGAGCAGCUCGCAACGUUCUACACGGCCAUGGGGCGCUCCGGCUCCACAAACUUCCCCUCCCUCUUCCACACGCUCAUGGCACACUACGGGGCCACGCUCGACCCCAGCGACACGCAGAUCGCGUUCGUCUUCCAGGAGUACGCGUACCCGUUUCUGACCGCGACACGGGCGGGGUCCAGUGUCGUGAACGGCAUGCCGCUGCUGCUGCUCGAGGGGUUCCGGCGCAUGCUGCUGGACGAGAUCCUGGAGGCGCCCGAGAACGCGUGGGUGGGGUUCAACACGCUGCUGGCUGCCGUGGGGGCGGCGGUGGGGGUGGGUAGUGGGCCGAUUCCGCGCGGGUGCUUCCCGGAGAGGGAGGAUGCGGGGGCGAGGGCGAGGGGGGAUCGGAUUAGUGGGGUGCUGGUGGAGCGGUCAAGGGUCAUGUUUGAGCGGCUGGAGAGGGAGCGGGAGGAGCGGGAGGGGGAGAGGGAGAGGGAGGCGGGGGAGACGCCGGCGGUGAAGGAGUUGAAGAGGAGGCAGGCGGAGGUGGAGGCCGAGGCGGCGGCGCAGGCGAGGGCCGCGAUUGAGCAGCGCGGGCAGGAGGCGUGUGUGGGCGGGUGGAGGACGGAUAGUUGGGGGAAUGAGUAUUACCAUGAGGGGCUCAUCUAG